AGUACAUCAGGCAUGUACCAAUAAUCAGUACGUGUAUAGGAGUACUCUUGUCUACUCCAUCCAUCAGAUAUCUCUUGCUCGCAUCAUUGCGUGAUCUAUGAUCUACCAGGUCAUAUCAAGAGGUGACGAAAUGGUAAAUCCACGCUUGCUUAGCUUGUUCUGUACAUGGACUGAGAGAGACAGAUGGAGUAGCAAUUAACCCCUGGAAUUUGACUCGGAAGCCAUUCAUCCAUCGCCAAUUCGCCAUACAGAUCGACGCCAAGUCAGAACGGAAGGACCGACGUCGAAAUGGUAUAAAAAGCUAAGUAACCCCUGGCAUUUGUGCUUUCGCUAACGAUCGAGUAUUCGAUUGGUAGAGUGAUGUUACAUCCUGUGCCUCCAGUCACUACCGUCCGUCCGUGUGAUGACCCUGCCCGCAGCUGAGCAUUGUAUAUCUUUUUCCAGCAAGUUGUGUUGUGCUGCAACAAUACGACUUGCUCAACGUAAUAGUAGACGCUAGUAAUUAUUUUGGGGACGACUAUCUGAAAUCAGAACAAAAAAAAGGGGAAUAUCUAUCUGAUGAUGCGCAUGCAUUAGCUCUUGUGCAGUAAGUGACACUAGUCGUAGCUCCUGCUGAGCUUUGACUCUCGAUCUGACUGGAUCAAUUCACUGUGCCAAAUCCACAUGCAGCGAUAACUCUGCCAUUUGACUUUGCUGUGAGCUGCGUAUGGUAGUAUAGAGCGUCAGGAACUGACUCAUCCCACUGACUUUGCUCUAAGCUUUCGAGUCAUUGCUAGCUGCCCUGUGCCUCUGGACCCUCCUGCGGAUAUAAAUAGACGCACACGCCCCUCCUGUCCUUCGUAGUACACUACACCUUUGUACUACUCACCAACACUCGUCCACGCGUGCUAUCGGCAAAGCUUAAAAACCUCUAUACUCUUGAUCGACUGUUGCUGGCCAGCCGGCCGGCGGCGAUUUGAUCCAUGGGGCGGCCGCCGUGCUGCGACAAGGAGGGGGUGAAGAAGGGGCCGUGGACGCCGGAGGAGGACCUCGUCCUGGUCUCCUACGUCCAGGAGCACGGCCCGGGCAACUGGCGCGCCGUCCCUGCCAGCACGGGGCUGAUGCGCUGCAGCAAGAGCUGCCGCCUCCGCUGGACCAACUACCUCCGCCCGGGCAUCCGCCGCGGCGGCUUCUCCGGCGAGGAGGACCGCCUCAUCGCCCACCUCCAGGCGCUCCUCGGCAACCGCUGGGCCGCCAUCGCAUCCUACCUCCCCGACCGCACCGACAACGACGUCAAGAACUACUGGAACACGCACCUCAAGAAGAAGCUGCUCCUCCUCCAGCAGCAGCAGAAGAUGCAGCAGCGCGCCUCCGCCGCCCUCUCGACGCCGCCGCCGCCGCCGCACAAGGGGCAGUGGGAGCUCAAGCUGCAGACCGACAUCGACCUCGCCAGGCGCGCCCUGCGCGACGCGCUCUCCUGCAGCCCGCCGGCGCCGGCGCCGGGGACGACGACGACCAGCGGCCACGGCGGCACGGGCCCCGCGCCACCGCCGUUGAUCGCAGAGCCGGCGGCGGCACUGGCACAGGCGUACGCGCUCACCGCGCGCGACGUCCCCGGCGUGCUGGACGGGUGGUCGCCGCGGGCCGGGAAGAACGGCCGCAGCGGCCCGGCGACGCCGCCGCCACCCGUCGCCGCGGAGAGCGCGUCCGGAUCGACGUCGGAGCUGACGGAGUGCUCCGCCUCCGUUUCCAGCGCGUCUGAUAAACGCGCCGCGCCGGUGGCUGGCCAGCUGUUCGCGCGCGAGGAGGAGAAGGCGGCGGCGGACGGGGAGGUGCCACCGCUGUCGGAGAUCGAGUCGUGGUUGCUGGAGGACGGCGGCGGCGAGCAGAAGCCGGUGCUGGACGGCCUCCUGCUCGAUGCGGCCCUGCGUAAUUUCGGCUUCUAAAUUUGUUGGACUUUGUUUUUGAAAUUUUUUUUGCCUAUGUGAAGCUGUUGUUCUUGUGUCAUCCGAUCCGUACGAGAGGUACGCACGCUGAUGGCGAUUUGCUCGCUGCAUGAAGCGAGCGAGUAGUGGGUGAUCGUUAACUAUGAAAAACGAAGCUCAAAUGUUACCUGAUGUUCACUCACAAGUCACAUGUGCGCACCCGAUAGCGAGGAAUCAUACACGGAGUAUGACUUUGAGGCCAGGUAUAUGGUUGGAGCCCUCAAAGUCCGGUAGGGCUGAAAGGAAGACGGCCGUGAUGGGAAGCGGGCUCUGGCGGCGAUUGUGAUGCCGUGAUGGUUUUACACCACUUCUCAAUCAAAUUUUGUUGUGGAGAGCAUUCAUAAAAGUUGCUCGGUUUCAUUAGAUAGAGACGAGAAUGGAACCCGUGCGUGCCCGCCAAGCCCUCUGAAAUUUCGUCACGAGGUGCUUUGUUCCGUUGGCUUCCAUCUUGUUGAUCGACGUUCACGUAUCUGCAUCCGGUUCAGUGGUUUCUUCAUUUCCUGUAGAUUUCACGAUUAUUAUAAAAACUUUGUGUGUUUGGUGGUUAA